GGAGAACACAACACCUCACACUGGUGCAGUUUGGACUGAGCGAAGCCAGAGAACAUGACGUCUGUCGCUGUGAUACUGGGACUGCUGGUCUGCAUAGAGGCACCAGGCUCCAGUGCUGUGACUCCUGUAUUUUGGGAGAAGGGGAAGGAUUUACUGCUGGAAGUCAUGAUACGUGAUGUACCUGAAGAUUUCAGCCUUCUUUUAUGGACAUUCAAUGGAAAAGUCGUUCUAGUAAGAUUUUCACCUGGUAAAGAGCCAAUAGUCUCUAAUGUUUACACUGGAAGGGUUGAGGCUUCUGUGAAAAAUUUCUCUGUGAAACUGAAGAAUCUACAAGAGGCAGACAGUGGAGUUUAUACUGCACGAGUGACAGCGGAUCAAGUACAAAAACUAGCUGAAUACAGCGUCACAGCUCAAGAUCCAGUGUCUCCAGUUGCCAUGACAGUAGACUCUGUGUCCAGCAGCUCAGACUCCUGUAGCCUCACUGUGACCUGCAGCACACAGGACUCACAUCACAUCAACAGCACCUUUACAUGUGACACCAACACCUGCAGUCAGGAGGGAGGAGAGAGGUCAAAGGUCACAUCCCCUGGUGCUUCUCUCAAUGUCUACCUGCUGAAUGACUUAAUCAUCUGUAACCAUAGCAACCAGGUUAGCUGGACCAACAACAGAAAAAUGAUUGAUGAUUUCUGUUGGAGAUACACUGGUUCAGAGGCUGGUAUCUCUCUCUGCCUGGUGAAGACAGUCGUGUUCUCUGUCGGUCUGGUCAUCAUGGUGUCUGCUGUCAUCAGUGUCCAUCUCAUGGAGAAGCUCAAGAGGCACAAAUAAUCAAACCGUUCUCUACUGAUCAACUUCACAUGUGUCUCACAGUCUUAUCUAAAUGUAAAGUUAAAGGUGGCCUGUGUGGUCUUUUCUUUUUUAUAGGUGGGUCCUUCUCUUGUAUUAUGCAUGUGCACAAGAAAUGUAGCAAAGCACCGACAAAGUGAAGGAGGGAGAAGACUGCAGACAUAGAUGUAAACAAUUCAGGGUUUUAUUUCAUCAGCCUUUAAAAUGCAUGCAAAGCUUUUCUAAGGCAUCAAGGAUACUCACAAUAUAUGACUGUUAAUGUAAAUGUUGUUUCUUUGCAAAAAAACUUUUAAUAUUCAAUACAAAUGCAAAUUAUUCUUGAUUAUCCAUUGAUUGUAGCCAAUAUUCAAUAAUCUCAUUAUGUAAAUAAAACGAUUGUUAAGAGAUUCCCCUGUUAAAAAUGUCUGUGGAUGUUGUUUUCUUGAAAAAAUUUUAUGCCAUACUUUAUUGUGCAAUUUUUUUGCAUUUUUAUGCCUUACUAUACUAUGAUGUUUUCAUUUUAUCAUAAAAGGAUGGUUCAUAAUAUUUCACUGAUAAAUAUACUAUGAUAUAUUUUAUGCCUUGCUAUACCAUGAGUUUGUGAUACGGCAGCAUGCUCGUACAACGCUUAAUACUAUUGCCUCACGCUGAGAAGGUCAACGGUUCAAACCCUGGUUUUGGGCUUUACUAUCCCGUGACAUUUCUAUGCCAUACUAUACUAUGACGUUUUUUUGGCAUUUUCAUACUUACUAUAAUAUGAUGUUUUAUGCCUUACCAUACGUUUUUAUGAACUUCUAUGCCUUUAUAUACUAUGAUGUUUUUAUGAGAUUUUAUGCCAUACUGUAGUAUGACAUUUUUUGACAUUUUUAUGCCUUACUAUAAUGUGACUUUUUUUUUAAUUAAAUGCCACUC